AAAUAAGAUCUCGUCAAAAGUAUACGGAACAUAGAUUCAUCAAUAUAAUUUACUGUAACAAUGAAAUAACAAUGAAAUUCAGUUUACUUGUGCUGAUAUAUUAUGUCAUAUAAUAAAAUGCUGACAAUUUCAUAAUGAUUGUUAUUGUUUUAUGUUUAAUCAAUGCAUUGAUAUGCGGACAAUUUAGAGAAAACAUCACUUACAUAUCAAGAAGUAUGUGUGCUUAAAAAAGGAAUGCUACAUAAAAUUAUCAACUUGUGUACAUACAGAUAAGGAUAUUAUAAACAAGUUCACUAAUACACCGAAACAGUUUCUUGGAUUAUAAUGAAUUUGUUUACACAAAGACACUUAAUUAUCAUUUAAUGGAUAUACAAAAGUCUAUUUCUACACAAAUGGAAUCCUGUUUUGACAAAUAUGAUGAAAUUAAAAAGUCCGAAUCACAAUGCCAAGAUGAAAGGCAAGCGGAAGUGGUAAAAGAUGCAACUGGUCUGACAGAUCUUACACAGUCAAGUUUACAAGAAUCAAAUUUAUCUUUCUUUACUCAAAAUCAGUCUGUAAAAAAAAAUCAUAAAAAUGUUAAAGCGCCAAAAUUAGAUUAUCAUAACCGAGUGAAAAUUAAACAUUUUGAUCAAUAUUCCAGUAAUGAAAUGAACAAAACUUCAAAUGAACUUUCUUCAACAUCAUUGUCCUCUUUGCCAAAUGAAUAUAAUCCACCAUUAUUAACACAAAUUAAACGUCAAUUCAGACAAUUUUGUGAAACAACUUCAUUACGUGGUGUUCCAAGAAUUGUGAAUACUAAAGAUUCAAAGCGCCGAUUUUUAUGGCUUAUCUUUGUAAUUUCAUUUUUUAUAGGUUGUAUCAUUUGUUUAACAUUUAUCAUUACACAGUAUUUAGAGUUUGAUGUAAUUCAUCAACCGAAAAAACUUUAUGAUCAACCACGUCCAUUCCCAUCGGUGACAUUGUGUAAUCUACGUCCAUUUUCUACACGUGAUAUAAGAAAAUUAAAAAAAGCUGGAGUGUUACCUGUAGAUAUGUAUUUUGAAAUGUUAAAACGUUUUAUAGUCAAUGUACCAGUAGAAUAUCGUCGUUAUUUAACUAUGCUAUGGGAUUUUUCUACCUAUUUAGCUAAUCUGCCAGAUUUAGUUGAUGAGCAUAAUUUAGGUCAUACAUUAGAAGAUAUAGUGAAACGUUGUUUUAUUUUAUACAAAACAGGUAGUGUAACAAGAGGAACAGCUUGUGAAAAAUCAGGUUAUUGGACUAAAACACAAGAUCGUGUAUUUCAUAACUGUUACACAUAUACAAUCAAUCCAAAUAGGACAAAUACAGCAUUAAAUAUGGAACUCGUAGUUUAUUUGGAUAAUUUAAUCGAACAAACUGAUUGUUUCGAUUGUCAAGAAAGAGUGAUGGCUAGUCAGUUAACUGGAGCAAGACUGCUUUUACACCCUGGUGCUUCCUAUCCUCGUGUAGCUGAAGAAGGUGUAAAUCUAAUGCCAGGAACGAUGACUGAUAUACGGUUUACUGUAUAUGAAUGGUCUAUGAUGGAACCACCUCAUGGUAGAUGCAGUAAAAAUACACCACAGUUUAUUUCAUUUAAUAAUGUAAAUUAUACUUUUAGUGAGGAAGCAUGUCAUUCACAUAUGGUGCAAGAGAAAGUUGCUUCAAACUGUCAAUGUUUAACACAACAUUUACCAAUCCCAACACAUCUGCUUGGAAAAGAUUUGAGAAAAUGUCAAGCAUUCAAACUGCCAGCAACUUAUCAAAUGUUAGACAAUUUUAAUCAAUCUAAACAGUUAUAUUUUAAUGAUGAAGCAGUUUCUACGUAUGCUCGAUUCGCAGAAUGUGCAGAAAAAACCGGAACAGCUAUGGAUAGUUAUCAAAUAGGCUGUAGACCAGCCUGUGUUCGAUACACAUACAAGCCGAGUAUAACGGCUGCUCAAUGGCCAACUAAAACAUUUUUAACAUGGUUUGUUACAAAAUUUAUUAAAGAAAUGGAAGCAACCGGUUAUUCACAUUUGAAUUCAACAAAUAAUGAAACAUUAACUGCAUUCAAUGAACGUAUGGAAGAGAUACGUGCACCAUUACAACCAUAUGAAAUAAUUGCUAAUUUAACUAAAGAAGGUCGUUUACAAGAAGCUAUAAAAAUGCUUAUGCAAACACAAAUAUUUGAACAAAAUUUUCUUUCUAUUAUAAUAUCACGACCAAAUUUUGAUUUAGAACGUGUUGAAGAAAAAGCUGUUGUAUCAUUAACAUCUUUAUUUAGUCAAAUUGGUGGUCUAUUAAGUAUUUGGAUUGGAUUAACUUUUGUAUGUAUUGUUGAAUUAGUUGAAUUAGGAUUAAAUGUGGUUGAUGCAGUAAUUCAUUACAAAAAAUUGAAAUCAUAAAUUUACUACUACGAUUAUUAGUAUUCAAUGAUUUUCAACUGCUAAAUUUGUUAAUUUCAAUGUUAAAUAAAAAACAGAAUGUAGCCAACAUUGUGAUUUACAUCUUUCACUUAGGGGAAGAUGAUGAGAACAGUAUGAAUAUGACUUUAAAAUUCACAUGCAUAUAAUGAACAAUUAUUAUUUUAAGUUAGUUUUUGAGUAUUAUUGAAUGAUUUAUUUUAUUAUAAUACAAAUGUUGUUACUGUAACGUUUAUUAAUAAAAAAAUCUUGACAAAAAUGACAAGCGAAGUCAUCAAUAAAUGAAUGAAGUAAAGGUUCGGUCAAUCUUCACCAUACUUUUGUAUUCAUUAGAUUUUUUUUGUUUGAUUCUUACGAUGAAAUUAAAAUAUAAUGAUCAGAAAAA